AUGAUUUUUUUGGUAUUUCUUUCCUUUAAGGCAGUAUUAUUUAUUCAAACAUGAGCUGCUGUUUACAUUUUUAUUGACGUUUUUCAGAAUCAAGACUCCUCGGAAAUAAUUACAGAUUGGCACAGUUUAUAUGAAUUAGGAAAAUUCAUCUUAAUUUUUUUAGUUUUAGCCACAUCCCUGCUAAGGUUUAUUGCAAGCAUUUUUUUAGCUCAUUUUUUAAUUUUUCAUCUUUAUCUCAGAUGCCUAGGAGUAACUACAUAUGACUAUAUUCUUAAUCAAAAAGAAAGAAAUUAUAAACUAUCCCAGAUAUACAGUCUUAAUACAGCUCUGGACACUUCUAUUAUAUACAGCAAUCAUUGUAAAAUCGCUAUAAUGGAAGAACCUCCUCUUAUAGAUAAAUUUAUAAAAUCUCACUCUACCGAAUCAAAGAAAUAUUAG